AUGAUGGAUGCAGGCUUGACACAAGUCUAUGGCACGCUCAGCAACCACGAAAUGUCUCCAACAAACGCCUUUAUGCCGUCGGAGGUUAAUAAUAGUACAAUGUGGCUCUUCGGUAUGAUUUCCAAAGCGUGGUCACGAUGGGUUGGACCAUCCACGGACAUCACAAACUUUGGGCGCUAUUCAGUCAAGCACCCUAGUUCCAAUUUGCGCAUCAUCUCGCUUAACACUAACCUCUAUUACACUCUGGAAUUCUGCAUAUAUGAAUUAAUGGACAGCCCCGACCCUAAUCAUCAAUUACAGUGGCUCACUAAUAAGCUCGAUUCAGCCGAGCGCAGCGGAGAGCGCGUAUACAUCAUUGGUCACAUGCCCAUGGGUAGCCCUGAUGCUUUCCGUGACGCGUCGAAUCGCUUUGAUCAGAUCGUUAAUCGAUAUGAGGCAACUAUUGCCGCUAUGAUUUUUGGUAUUGAAAUUUAUCUAUGUCCAGGUAUCCCCAGAGGCCCCAAGCUAAAUUCUACAGGUCAUACCUACCUGGAUCAUUUCGAAAUCAGUUAUUCAAACUAUCAAAACCAGGCAGCUGAGACGGCUGUAUCAGUCUCUUACAUCGCACCCUCUAUAUCACCUCUGCCUGGUAUGCCGGCGUUUCGAGUUAAUACGGUGGACCCCGUCACCUUCGGCAUUCUUGAUGUUGAAACAUACAUCGCGGACAUGGACCAAGCGGAAUUUCAAACCAAACCGGUUUGGACUAAAAGCUACUCCGCGAAACAGUCCUAUGGAUCCUUGAUUCGCCCAUCCCUUAAUCACCGGCCCAUAACGGAGCUCACCCCGGCUUUCUGGCAUAAUGUUACCACUAUUUUGGAGACAGAUUCAGCUACUUUCAACACCUACUGGUCACGCCGGACCCGAGGGUAG